GGAUUUUGAGUGGGAGUCAUCAGUCACUGUAUCCUGUGAACAUCUGGCUCCCCGUCGCUGAACCCAAAAAUACAAAAAUAACUAAAAGAAAAAAGAAACCCUCGUUUUGCUCCUAACAAUCCAUCUCCAGCACCCCGAGAUCUCUCUCUCUCUGGCCUGCUAUGUUCCUACCUCCCCUGUCUCAUCUGGAUAAGAUGUUCGGAAUAAUUUGGUAGUGGUUACUGGACGACGGACGGGAAUAUGUGAGAACUAGUCAAACAGCAUGAUGAGCAACGGUGGUUUUGAUGGACAGAUAUUAAUUGAGAAGUUGACAAAACUCAACAAUUCACAACAAAGCAUAGAAUCAUUGUCUCGGUGGUGUAUUUCUCACCGGAAGAAGGCCAAGCAAAUUGUUGAAACAUGGGAUAAAUUGUUGAACUCUUCCCAGAGAGACCAAUGUGUUUCCUUUCUAUACUUGGCAAAUGAUAUUUUGCAAAAUAGUAGGCGGAAGGGAAGUGAGUUCGUGAAUGAAUUCUGGAAAGUCCUUCCUUCAGUUCUCAAGCAUGUUUAUGAAAAUGGUGAUGAAUAUGGAAAGAAAGCAGUCACCAGAUUGGUUGACAUAUGGGAAGAAAGGAAGGUUUUUGGAUCUCGUGGUCAGAGUCUCAAGGAUGAAAUGCUGGGCAAGGCGCCUCCUCCUUCAACAGCGAGCAAUGGGAAAUUUUUGAACCCUGUCAAGAUUGUGAAGAGGGAUGCUUAUUCAGUGAGAAUUAAAUUGGCCGUUGGAGGCUUGCCAGAAAGAAUAGUAACUGCAUUUCAAUCUGUUCAUGAUGAGCAUCUUAAUGAAGAAACUGCCUUGAACAAGUGUGAAGGGGCUGUUCUAUGCGUGGGAAAAUUGGAGAAAGAUGUUGAGAGCACCUUUAGUCAAGGAAAUGAACGGGGACCUGCAGUGGUGGAUGAGCUACAGGAGCAGGAGAAUAUACUACAGCAAUGUGUUGGGCAACUGGAAAGUGUGGAAGUAACUAGGGCUGGUUUAGUUUCCCAGCUAAAAGAGGCACUUCAGGAUCAAGAGUCAAAGCUGGAGAUUAUUCGCACUCAGUUGCAAGUUGCUCGAGGGCACAUUGAGCAAGCACACAGUAUAAGGCAGAGGCUAACACCAUCGUCAGGUCCUGGUCCUUCAAUGACUGCUACUACCUCUUUGAUAGAAGUCCCAAGGGUGGUUGAACCGAAUUUGCUUUCUGUUCAAUCAACCAUCACUUCUUCUCAGCUGCCUCUGACCCAACCUGCAGUUCCUUUUACAACUUUAAUGAGUGAAGAGAACAAGAAAGCAGCAGCUGCUGCUGUUGCUGCUAAGCUGGCUGCCUCUACAUCCUCCGCUCAGAUGCUUACCUCUGUUCUCUCAUCUCUCGUUGCAGAAGAAGCUGCAACCAUGAAUGGGGGCUUGAAGACAGCAGGAUUUACCUCUACUCUGCCCAUGUUCUCUCAGGAAAAACGGCCUAAACUUGAAAAAGCAAUGCCUGCUCCUGAUGUUAGCAAUUCUGAUGUGGGCAAUACAGCAUAUAUUUCCUCUCUGCAACAGCAACCAAUGAGCAGUGUUCCUUUUGCACCAUCCACAAGCAUGCAGCCCCCCUCCCAGGCCAGCCAGGUGCAGGUUCCAUUUCCUCCACCACCACCACCACCUCCACCUCUUCCUUCAAAUCAACCAACGAAUCAGUAUGUUCAAUCUACGGGUCUGAUGCUGGGGGUAAUGCCUUACGGAUUUAGCACUAGCAGCCUUCCACCGCCUCCGCCUCUUCCUUCACAUGUAUCAAUUGGUUUAGCAGCGAGGCCAUCCCCUCAGCCAGCCCAGCAGCCUCAACCUCAGCAACCACAACAGCAGCAACAGCAACAGCCAGGCACUGGAGGUUAUUACCGACCUCCUGGCAUUGGGUUCUAUGGGCCAGGUCACCAGCCAACACCACCACCAGUGCCUCGGCAGUGAGUUCAUGGAAUUUGAUGGGGGCAAGGGGUUCUUUAUAGCCUAUUCUGUAUAUUGUAGGCAUCCUCUAGGCUUAAAAGUUUUUUUUUUUUUUCGACCUGAUUUUCUUUCAUACACAAAAACCCCACCUACCAAGUUUCACGCUUCUGCCUUGCCCUUUUCUCCUUCCCCUUCCCCUUCCCCUCUCCCUAGUUCCCUUUCCUGGCUGAAAAAAGGUAAGAAAACUCUUGACUUCCCAACUUUCUUGGUGUGCCAUAGCUACUCAUAGCUAAAUCCUAACUUCGCGUGUGGUAGUAGGACCAUUAUGUUAAACAGUUGCAUCUGCUAUGGAUGACAGCCAUGAAUAGAGGCCUGUAUAGCUUCCUUCAAGGUGCUGCUUCUAUUGCGUGAAUAUGCUGGUUCUGUUACCAAACUUAAAUUGUCUGCUCUGGUGCUGUCCAAGGGAAAAUGGAUUUUGUAAACAUAACUGUAUAUUUUGGUGGCUAGAAUAUCCUAAGUGGCUCACUGUGGCUAUUCGACUUGCUGUAGCAUUUAGCCAAUGCAUCCGACUUGCUCAGCUCAAAUUGUUUCUCGGAUUUUAGACAGCAAUGAUCUUUGAAACAUAUGGGGUUAGGAGUCGUGUACAAAUUUAUUCACAUGUUUGCGCGAAGGCGAAAUUCUCAUAUAGGUUAAAGCUUUUGUUCCCUUUUCACUCAA